GGAGACCGAUGCCUUCAUCUCGUUCCUCUCUCUGAGGAGGGGGAGAGAGAGAGAGGAGGGGGGGAAAAAAAGAAAAGCAACCAAAGGAACAACUAAAUAAAAACACCUCAGUUUUCAUGUGGAAAAAUAUUUGAGGAAAAUUUCCUGAGGGGAGGACUUUUAUUUUUCUUUCUGUGUUUGCAUAUAUCUUUUUCUUUCGAAGUGCGUGUUAAAUCUUCGUCGACGAUGCAGGGAUCGUGAUGAUGAGUUCGUCCGGCUGCUGGGUGGCGAACGGGGCGAGUUUGGAGGAUUGCUAUUCCAAUCUCUUCUCUCUGGCUGACCUGCCUGGAAUUAAAUGGCGACGUUAUUCGUGGCAAGGUCCUGUAGGGACGCCGCUCGUCAUCCCGGUGGCUGAAGACGAUGCCAUUCUCUGCAGCUUUAGCCGCUGCUUGAAGGCUAAUGUACUUUGUGUGUGGCGAAGGGAUAUGACACCAGGCCACAGAGAGCUUUGGAUUUUCUGGUGGGGUGAAGUGCCAAAUUUUGCUGAUCUCAUCCACCAUGAACUCAAAGUUGAAGAAGAAGGAUUGUGGGAACAGGGACUGUCUUACGAAUGCCGAACACUGCUUUUUAAGGCCAUUCACAACUUGCUGGAAAGGUGCUUACUGAACAGGAAAUUUGUGCGGAUUGGGAAGUGGUUUGUGAAACCAUAUGAAAAGGAUGAGAAACCGGUGAACAAGAGUGAGCACUUGUCCUGUUCCUUUACAUUUUUCUUGCAUGGGGAUAGUAAAGUGUGUACUAGCGUUGAGAUAAACCAGCACCAGCCAGUGUACCAUCUUGGUGAACAACAUGUUACUGCAGCCCAGGGAUCCUCCAACCCCUUCCAAGUGAUCCUCAGCCCCUUUGGAUUAAAUGGUACCUUGACAGGUCAGUCAUUCAAGCUAUCUGAUCCCCCCACUCUUAAACUGAUAGAAGAAUGGAAGCAAUUUUAUCCAAUACAGACCAGCUCAAAGGAAACCACAGAUGACAAACAGGAGGAGGUAGACUGGGAUGAUGACUCAAUAGCAGCUGUAGAAGUCAUUGUUGCUGGUGUGCGAAUGGUGUACCCAGCUUGCUUUGUGCUGGUGCCUCAGCCUGAUGUUGCCACUGGCAUCUUGAGCAGCUCCACUGGGACUUCACAUUGCACAGCUGCCUACCCAAGUGCCCACCAAGUGCCUGCCCCAAUAAGGGAUCCAGCCAUUUCUUCUGUGACGUUGACUCCACCCACAUCACCAGAAGAGACUGAAACAGCUGAAAUUCAAUCCACCCAGAAGUGGGCGAAACUUACUUCAAUGUCCGAGGUGUUUAAUAUGGAAAAUUCAGGGCAUGGUGGAAAAAUUCCUAGAAAAUUAGCCAAUCAAGUGGUAGAGAAGGUAUGGCAGGAGUGCAAUCUCAACAGAACCCAGAAAAAACGAAAAUAUUCUACUGUGAGUGGUUGUGAAGAUGAUUCAACUGGCAAAGAGACGUCUUGGGAUUUUGUUGAAGCUACACAUAGAGUGAAUUGCAACUGUUCAAGGCAUAAGAAUAAAAGAGGCACUGGUGUGCAGGGACAGUCUCAGCCUCCUGGUCCACAACAGUCAACAGCACUCAAGCACAAAACAAACGACAAGCAAGAGAAAGGGGAAAAACAACAGAAGCGACCACUAACUCCUUUUCAUCACCGUAAUUCAGUAUGUGAAGAUGUUACGAUGGAACCAGGCUCAACUAAUCACAGGCUUGGAAUCAGACCACAGGACAGUAGAGGGAGGUAUCCAAACACAAGGCCUAAUGACCUUGUUAGCUCCACGAAGCCCUCACAGUUACACAUCCCAGAAAUACCAAACUCUCCGCCGCCACCACCUCUCAGCCCUCAUCCAUGUGAGAGGGGUGAGGAUGUGGGUGAUGCAUUUAAAAACCCAUUGACGCCUCAAAGUCAACCGUUUUGCCAGAUGCCUGCACCAGAUCCACUACUUCCAGCCAAAGCUGUCGAGGACAGGAUGGAGACUCUUCCCACCCAAGCUUUUUCAUUGGGUUUUCCAGAAGUGAUGGAGCCUACAACCUACAGUAGCAGUGUGGUGCAGUUUGAAGAUGAUGGGCCUGAUGUCAUGUGGAAAUGUUAUCGACUGCCCACUCGCAAGGAAUCUGAAUUUGUGCCACCACAGUUGCCAUUAGAUAAAUACAGAGAGGAGUAUACUUCAGUGAACAACCAAGAACAUGCACUUUCUUCUGUCUCAGAUUUGGUGGUACACUCAAAUAAGCCAUUGAAGAUUUCUGAAGAGCGGGUACAGGGAUACAUCCAGAGCAGAAACCAGUACUGCAAGAGCUUUCGGCCAGAGGCAGAUUCCAAGUCAGAAGUUGAUCCAUAUGCAUUUGAUGAUGGAGAUGAGGAGUUCAGCUUACCUGAUAAAAAAGACAAGCAAGGCAACGAGAGAGAUCCGGGGAGGAAACAUGCACAAAAGGGAGACAUUGACGGUGCUGGCGUAUCCCACGCAAUGUUACCAGUGGAAGGAGAGGAUGCCAUGUCAAUAUUCAAUUCUGGAACAAAGCCAGAUGGACAAAAAUCACCCUCUCACAGUCGGACUGCAUCCACAAGUCUCAUGAAUGAGGUUGAUCUGGUUGUCUCAUACAAAGACCUUGACAAUCUGUUUGAUGAUGAAGAUGAACUUGGGCAGAUUGGGCCUCGAAAUGCUCAUGUUGGAUCAGAUGAAAAAAUAGGAAAUAGGGAUUCGAAGGCUGGGCCUUUUGACACAUUCCCUUGUAUAAGCUCUGCAGAUUUGCAGCAGAUGUUUCCAACGCCACCAUCCUUGGAGCAGCAUGGCCCAGGCUACUCUCCAAUGAAUAUUAACUGCAAAGAGUUUGGAGGCCUGGAUAGCACCCCAGGAAUGAUUCUGGAUGGCCACCAUUUCACAGCAACAAGUCUGAAUCAUUUCAAGGUUGAAGUGGAAGAGGGAAUGGGUAGCCCUAAACCUUCAGAGAUCAAGGAUUUUUCUUUUGUUUAUAACCCUGAGAAGUGCCAAGGUUAUGUGGGUUGUACUAUGUUUGCGCCACUGAAAAUCUUACCAAGCCAGUGUCUGCCUCCCGUCAAACUUCCGGAGGAGUACCGUCCUUCUUGGACUGUGGGCAAGCUGGAUCUGCUUCCUCCUGUAGCCCCCAUGCCGUAUAUCCGGGACAUAAACAUUCCCAGUGUUGGAAGUGGUAUGGAUCAAGAUUACAUUCAGACCUGUACACCGCAAACGCAUACCCCGUUUGGAGUUACGAACAGUGCUCCGCCCAGUAAUAGUGGUGCCGGUGUCCUUCCAUCUCCUGCCACUCCGCGCAUCUCUGCACCAACUCCAAGGACACCAAGGACCCCACGCACUCCUCGUGGAUGUGGGGGUCCAGCCAGUGUUCAGGGUUCUGUGAAGUACGAGAAUUCCGAUUUAUAUUCACCUGCCUCCACACCUUCAACAUGUCGCCCUCUGAAUUCAGUGGAACCUGCAACAGUGCAAUCCAUUCCUGAGGCGCACAGUCUUUAUGUGAACCUAAUCCUAUCUGAUUCCAUCAUGAAUCUCUUUAAAGACUGCAGCUUCGACAGCUGCUGCGUCUGUGUCUGUAAUAUGAACAUCAAAGGAGCUGAUGUUGGAUUGUACAUCCCAGACCCUACCAAAGAGUCACAGAACCCAUGCACAUGUGGAUUCAGUGCUGUCAUGAACCGAAGGUUUGGAAACAACUCUGGGCUCUUUUUGGAAGAUGAAGUGGAUAUCAUUGGCCGAAACACAGACUGUAGUAGUGAGGUUGAAAAGCGAUUAGAGGACCUCAGGAAUGUUUCUCUUGAACAGGGGGAAGGAGGCCCCAAGGAGCCUGAGAAAGUACCUGAUGAGUUAAUAUUACUACUUCAGGACCAGUGUACUAACCCCUUCUCCUCAUUGAGAUCAGUAGAUCCUUCUGUAGUGGCAAAAUUACGAACAGUGGGACCACCAGUACGUGUGGAGGAUAGAGACUAUUACAAGGAAUGUUACACUGCUUUGGAGCAGGGGUAUCAGUUCAUGGACAAUAUGUCAGGUGGGAAGCUUGACGAAGCACUUGUGAAAAGCUCUUGUUUACAUCUCUGGUCAAGAAGGAAUGCUGUGGAUGUCAGCAUGCUGUGUUCACAAGAUCUUCUGCGCCUGCUUCUCUCUCUUCAGCCUGUUCUGCAGGAUGCCAUUCAGAAGAAACGAGCUGUCAGAUCGUGGGAGAGUAUUCAGCAUGUGCAGGGGCCUCUCACUUGGCAACAGUUUCACAAAUUGGCUGGCCGGGGAUCUUAUGGUACAGACGAGUCUCCAGAACCACUACCUAUCCCAACAUUUAUGUUGGGUUAUGAAUGUGAUUUUUUGGUUUUAUCUCCAUUUGCGUUGCCGUACUGGGAGAAACUUCUCCUGGAGCCAUAUGGAUCACAAAGAGAUAUUGGUUACGUUGUAGUCUGUCCAGAAAACGAGGCGCUUUUAAAUGGAGCGAGGAGUUUCUUUCGUGAUCUCAGUGCAAUCUAUGAGUCCUGCAGACUUGGGCAGCACAGGCCCAUCUCGAAAUUGCUUCCUGAUGGGAUUAUGGAAGUGGGGACCAAAGCAGCCUUGAAAAUUGCAGAGCAGCCGGUAAAUGACUGGUUCUCUCAGCACUGUGUGAACGCUAGCAGUGAAGCAUUUUCCAAACUGAAACUUUAUGCUCAAGUAUGCAGACAUGAUCUGGGCCCAUACCUUGCUGGUCAAACAUUGGAUAGUUCUUUGUUGUCGCAGCCUAACCUCGUUUCCUCUUGCAGUCGGUCCAGUACAUCGCAAACUCCAGUACAGGUUCCUGCUGGGGGUUCAUCUACCACAUCCUCCACCUCUGCUCCUGUACCAGCUAGUACUUUAGCAAACACUGCCAUAACAGCCACUGUUGCCAGUAGUACUUCAUCAAAUGUGCCCUCAGCACCUGUAAACGUGGCCAGUGCAUUGUCUACAGUAAAACAGUCUUCCUCCUUUCCUCCAUUUACACAUUUGAAUAAUUCCUCUAGUACUGUGACUAUGCAGGGUUCAGCCUCCCAGAGUGGGCAGCUAGUGCAGCAAAAUAAUGGGACAUCUGGUGAUUCAACAGCGGGUGGAGCAGUGCAACAGCACCAGGAGCCUCCAGAGAGCACCAUGGAAAGGGAUAAAAUUGGGGUCCCGACAGAGGGGGAGUCUCAUGCCAUCAAUUACCCACCAUCCAUCGUUGUGUACAUAGUGGAUCCUUUUACUUACAAUUCGGAGGAUGAAAGGUCAUCGUCUUCAAAUGUUUGGACGCUUGGACUAUUGCGUUGCUACCUGGAGAUGAUUCAUUUUUUACCACAGAACAUUAAGAAUGCAAUAUCUGUGCAGAUUGUUCCAUGCCAGUAUCUGUUGCAACCUGUGAAAAAUGAUGAUCGGCACCUGUAUUCCCAGCACCUUAAAUCAUUGGCAUUUUCUGUGUUCACUCAAUGUCGGAGAUCCUUACCACCCUCCACCUAUGUCAAAGCACUGACUGGCUUUGGUCCAGGAUUGGCCUUAGACAGCACCUUAAAGAGUCCAGAUAGACCAGAGCAUUUACGGAUUUACAGCCCACCAUUUAUCUUGGCUCCAGUGAAGGAUAAGCAGACUGAGCUGGGAGAGACAUUUGGAGAGGCUAGCCAGAAGUACAAUGUUCUUUUUGUUGGCUAUUGCUUGUCACAUGAUCAGAGGUGGUUGCUUGGAACAUGUACAGAUCUCUAUGGAGAACUGCUGGAAACCUGCGUUAUUAAUAUAGAUGUACCAAACAGAGCUCGUAGACGGAAAGGUUCACCCCGGAGAAUGGGUCUGCAGAAACUCUGGGACUGGUGUUUGGGCAUCAUGCAGAUGACAUCACUACCCUGGAGGGUUGUUAUUGGACGUCUUGGAAGGAUAGGACAUGGAGAGUUAAAAGACUGGAGUUGCUUGCUUGGUCGUCGCACUUUGCAGUCCCUCAGCCGGCACCUGAAGGACACUUGCCGAAUGUGUGGUAUUUCUGCAGCUGACUCUCCAAGCAUCCUUAGUGCUUGCUUGGUUGCUAUGGAACCACAGGGAUCCUUUGUGAUCAUGCCUGACUCUGUGUCAGUUGGAUCGGUGUUUGGUCGUGGCACAUCACUCAACAUGCAGACAUCACAGCUGAGCACGCCACAGGAUACAUCGUGCACUCACAUCCUGGUGUUCCCUACCUCCGCUAUGGUGCAGGUGCCAACUGGGAGCUACGAAAUAAACGUUGAGGAAAUGGGGAUCUUUGAAUUACUGGACCCAGAUGAUGAUCUCAUAAUUAACUUGCCAGCAUCUCCAUCCACACCGCCGGUACAUUCACCUGGCUCUCAUUACCCGCAUGGUGGUGACACUGGCAAGGGCCAGUGCACAGACCGACAGGAAUCUCAUGAUGAAGUAACCAUUUUGCAGCAGCCCCUGGCACUAGGAUAUUUUGUCUCGACAGCUAAGGCUGGGCCACUUCCUGAUUGGUUUUGGUCAGCCUGUCCUCAAGCACAGAACCAAUGUCCGCUUUUCCUCAAGGCCUCGUUGCACCUCCAUGUGCCUUCAGUGCAUUCGGAUGAGUUGCUUCAUAGUAAGCACUCCCACCCACUUGAUUCAAACCAGACCUCUGAUGUGCUCAGGUUUGUUCUAGAACAAUACAAUGCUCUUUCUUGGCUGACCUGUGACCCUGCCACCCAGGAUCGCCGCUCCUGCCUCCCUGUUCAUUUUGUGGUGCUGACGCAACUGUACAACUUCAUCACAAGCAUGUUGUAGACCUCGCAGGGGAGCUGUGAGGGAUCCAGGACUAACUCUUGGAAAAGGGAUAUCGUUUGAGGGUCAUCGAGAGCAGGAAUCGGUAGGAAGGGAAGCGUACAUUACUCAUGGAGAAUUCGGAGGGAUUCUUGGAAUUGGGUCUGAAGGACCCCAGGAUGCCCUCCUUAAUUGCUUAGUGGGUUUUAAAGCCACAGGCAGUUAUCCAAAAAUGCCUGCAUCUUAAUUUAUUGUAAGUUUUUAAAUGUUGUACAAAUUGUCUUAUAUUUUGUAUUUUUUUUAAUUUUUCAAGAAGGUCUGUACUACCUUCAGGCUUUAAAGCAUUUGUUGUACUAAAAUAUCUAUAAUCGUCUUAAAAGUUUGCAGUAGGUUGCUAUAAAGUCAGGGGAGGGAGAGCAGCAAAUAUCUAUUGGCUCAGUGUACAUUUUAGUAGGGGAGGGGUUAGUGUUAACCAUACCUUGUGUGUGGUGAAAAUGCAGCGAAGCUGUGGAUGCGGAGUACUUGUACAGUAAAUAUGUUCACUGUGUUUAUAACUGAAAAGUACAUCUUAUGGCAUUUCUUAUCAUGCAUUGUGAAGCCAGCGCUAAAAUGGGAGGGGUUGGGGGGGUAGGGAACGGGACUGAGGAGGAGGACUGCUCUGGUUGAGGUCAGUCCCAGUGACCUGCCUAUUUGUAUAUAAAAAAAAGUCAGUAACUUUAAUUUGUUACUACUGUAUAAAAAAGAAAAAUUGUGCAGAAUGGUAACUAAAUUUUGUAGCAACAGAAUUUUUUUUCCAAAAUUGAAUCAAUGCAAUGCAGGUGUGUUGGUCUGUUGUAGUGUUAAGGUUUCUAGGCCCAGACUCUUAUCUUUGUCUGAACUUAAUGAUGAUGGCUUUAGUGAAUGGACCGCUUGACUGAUCCAGGUACCACCUUCCGGAGAAAGUCACAAAAGAGGUGCUUUCUCAUUUUAUUCCUCGCACCGUUUUAUAUGGUGAUUUAAUAAUUGCCAGACCUGAUACUUUUUCCAUUAUCAGACUCCAUAGCUCCUUGAUUUAUUUUUGUAUAAAAUAUAACAGUCUUUUCACCAUUGUUAAUUCAUCUCUCUGUAUGAUUAUAGACAUCUGUUAAGAUUUGGGAAUAUUAAAAAGUAUUGGGGUGACCUUUUUUGAAAAAAAGCUUCAGCACUCAAUUGUGGGUAACAUAGAUUAAGAGACAGGUCUUCAAGGGAGAGUAAUUUAAAAAAAAAUAAGGAAAUUGAUGGAUUCAGAAGAUUUACUUCUUGGAAAUCUCUCUUUGCAUCACUUUAUUGCCCCCAAGUCAUGUUACACUCUGAGCUUCAGUCUUGCAGAGGUUUUCUUUUUGAAAGGUCAUACUUCUCAGUAUUUUUAGUGACUGGUCAAUUUACUAUGUAGACACAGUGCCUUUCUUAACGACCUAAAAUUUUUAAACAUGCCUGAAGUAUAAUAUACAUUUUGAUAAAAUGGUUUAGUGUUAAGUAAGUACAACUAAUUAAAUGGAGUAAAUAGUUUGAAGCUAAAGCAAAGGGUGUAUUAAUUUUAGAAAGCUGUCAUUUCAGAGACACGUUCACCUGAAAUGGAAUUUGAAAGAGAAAUUCAAAGCUGUCAUUUCAGAGACACGUUCACCUGAAAUGGAAUUUGAAAGAAAAACCAGCAGAGUUGAUUCAUGACGUUUUAUUAUUAGUCGAUCUCCUGUGGUGUUACACAUAUGGAGCUGAGAUCAAUCCUAGGCUCCAGCUGAAGGAGGAUAGGGAAGAGGGUAACUGGACCAGAUUGUGCAAAUGAAAUUCAAUCCCCAUUUUAAAGUCACCAGUUUUGUACUUUUACAUAUGCCUCUUAUAAAUUCCUGUAUACACAUGAAACUGGUAGUGUCAGGCUGCAGUAUACUCUCCUGCCAGUGGUGAUGCUAUAAUACUUCCACUUGGAGAGGAAGAUGUAAUUACAGCCUGAUAAAUUUACAUAGAGUUUCCCUUAUAAAUAUGGACUUUAGAACUUACUGUGAACAUUUUCUAACGUGUGCAGAUUGAUAUUUUAUAUCUGAGUAUGUGUGUAACACAAACUUUACCAUGCAGUAAAUAAAAGUACUAAAACUCCUAAUGGUAUUUGAGCCUUGGCAACAGUGAGACCAGAACAAUUUUGAAUUGAAAGUAUUUUAAAAUAAAUUCUAAAAUUUCCUAAGUUGACAAAUAUGCCUCCAGCAUCCAUGAACUUCAAAUUAAUUUAUUAAUUACCAAUGGAAUAAUAGUCCUCGCAGAAACAUGCAAUUCAAUUUCAUCUAGAUGUCUUAAUAAAAUUUUAAUCUAAUUUUAUAAGUACAUUUUUUAAAAAUGAAGAAUUUAUGGGAAUGGUGGGUGUCCCAGAUCACUUGUCUGAGUUGUUCACACUUUGAUAAUUUCAGGAAGUCUUUGAUUAGGUUUCUGUGAAAUUUGAUUGAAGUUGUUUCCUUGCAAAACUUUGACUUUUUUGAAGAUGGGUUUAAUGAGAGCGCCUCUAUAGUACCUGCAAACAUUUUGUUACAGCCACUAACUUCUUGAAUCCCUGAUCAGCACUACUCUGUAUGGUUUACUCCUUUGAAAAAUGUAAGUUGUGCAAGAACACUAAAAUGAGAUCUGACACUUCAAGCCCUUCGUAUCCUAAUUGUUAGGCCUUACUGUGUGUGCUUAAUUUAUAAAAACCCUUAAUGGUUUAACCAUAAUUGCUAUACCUUGCUGAAAUUACUUUUUAGGGAGGGGGAGAAAGCUUUUUUUUAAUUGCACUGAGCCUUAAAUACAAUGAUAACUUAAUUUAAAAUAGCUAAUACCAUUAUGAAAUAGUGGCACAGGAAUUUUACAAUAACAUGUUUGCAUACUUGUUACUAAUAUACUGUGCGAUCUCAACCCAUUAAUGCAUUUGGGUUGCUUCUUGAAAUGAAGGCAUUCUUGUUAAAGCUGUUGAACACCUGGCUCCCAGCCUUAAUCAGUGAGUUGGAGUCUUGAGUCACCAGCCUCAUGAAUUCCUUUGCCUUUUGCUUGAUUUGAGCAUUUUUUUCUUGUCACUGGAUGAGGCCCUUUGCAGCAGCAAGACAAUCGCUUUCAAGUCUCCGCAAACCAGGUGGUGAAGACGAGAGAGAACCAGCUUGCCUCGCUUUAAUUGCUUGGCCCAGUAGCAAAGCUGUGAUGGAGGGUGGUCCUGCAGGAAAUUUACAACCCAGAUCAGUAUGUUUGAGGAUAGAUAGUAGAGGUGUGAAUGUGUAUUAAAUCUAUAAUGGGGCAUAUGUUGUAUUCGUAUUGCAAACCAUCCCAUUUAUUGAGUACAGUGAUCAAUUUGUGUAGUUUCUUGAUGCAUUAAAACCUUAAUGCAAAUAAACUGAAUACUUGCCAUAGGAAAUACAAGCAAUUCAACUUUUUGUCAAAUUCUAACAGUCAUUUUAGGUCAUUUGAAUGAUGGCUCAUGUUUUUGUUGCGGAACAGGCAUUCUUUGGCUGUUGGAGUGGUUGGGGGUAUAUUUUAUAAAACAGUCAGAGCACAGGACAUUGCUUUGUCCAAAGUGCUUCUGUGGAAUUUAGCCCCAUAUUAGAGCUAACCCCAUUUCCUGCUGUUUGCCUGUAUUUGAUCUAAUUCCCAUUUAAAUGCUGCAAGUAUUAUUAUCUUCCAUAUUGUUGAAAUGUAUAGCAGAAUAAUUCCCAGUACCAUAUCUGUAUUUGGACAGUGUUAAGAUUCUUAAAAAACACGUACACAGUGAUUCCCUUGUUUAUUUAAUUUGGAUGUUUAAACACACACUUCAAGCAGAUUUGAGCAAUAAAGGAAUUCUUGGAACACUGACAUUUGAACUGCAAUAUUUUACAUUUCCUUUCUAAACAUAGUAUGUCAGAAAUGCUAAAAUCAGGUUAAGUAAAUUUCUUUAAAUUUGUUUUCUCCCUUCCUCCCAAGCCCUAUCCACCUGUUGUUCAUUUUCAAGUUGUAAAGCCCUCAGCCCAUUCAUUGUGCGGGAGAAGGUGGAUACAGAAAUUGUUCAGGAGGGUAGCUAGUGUGGCAUACCCCUGAACUGUGUACCUCCAUUUGUUGUUGGUUGCUUUGCCCCAAAGACAUAAUUGGGAACUCUAUACUUGGGGAAUAGCAGAUACCAAACUGACCCCAUAGUUUGAUAAAUUAGUAUGUCUAACGUGCUAUGUUUUUACUUAUCAUUGGUGUUAAUUACGGGACCUUAGCGAUCAGACAUGUUACCAUUUACGUUACUGACUUUAAUGCUGUUCCGCUUUUUUUGUUUCCAUUGAUGUUGCUUUACUUUGUCAAAACUUUGAAUUUUUUUAAUUGUAAAAUGUACCUAAUUUUCAAAUUUAACAGCUGAUAAAGGAUUGUAAAGCAACAGUAAAUUGGAUAUUAUUUUGCUGUAAAAUUUCAGUCAUUUAAAUUUAUAAUUACUUUUGUAGACUAGUGCAGGCAACCGUAGGUUUUUGAAAUUUUUACAGUAAUUGUGAUCACUGCUUUUACUGUAAUACAUCUUUUUCCACACUUUGCCACCUAAAUCAUAUUGCAGUUGUAUUCAUUGAUGUUGACAUCUGACUGCUGUACAUGGUAGUGUGGUUAUGCAGUAAUUUUAAAUAAAUAGAAAACAAUGGCUUUAUUAAAUGGAGUUCCAUCACAGUACAGGUUUUCUACUGUUACCCACAGUUUAUUGCUAAGGUUGUUUUCUGAUAGAGGGAAAAACAGUCAUUUAACUGGGUUGUCACGUAGUAAGAUAUGAAUGCCAGUAUAAAAAGCAGAUGCUUUUUCCAUGUAUUUCCAGUUUCACAGUGUAUGGUUCUUCAGACUUCUGUACCCUGUUAAUUUUGUGUUGACUUCCUGGUCAUGCUGAAACCAGGAUCUGAAAGUGGUCCAUUUCAUUGUGCUAACACUAGCAAUCCCAGUACUUUAAUAGUGCAUUGCUUAAAAGUUUUUUGUCUUAUUUAAAUUUCAUAAUUUAAUCUUUUUUGUCAAAAUAUUUAUAGAUUUUUUGAGCUGAAAUUGCAGUAGAUUUAAAAAAACUCCUUAAAUUUUAUUAAUUGUUGAAUUUUACAGAGUUUUGAUGCCUUGCUUAUUUUUUAAAAAAAGAGAAAAAAAUAUUGGGAGAACAAUGUCAUGUUUUGCUGAACAGUUGGCUGCCUGUAACAGCUGGGCAAGCAGUGAUGAAACCCCAGCUGUGGUGAGGACCGGUCCAUUUUUUUCUCUUUGUGUCCUACUUUGGUAUAAAACAUCCUGCUUGCAAAGCUGCAGUUGUAGUUCCUCAAGAGUCUUUUAAUGAAUUAUGAACAAAUUUUAGUCUGGAGAUCGUGGCAAACACUAAAAGCUACAUACAGUCCAAAAAAGCUUAAAGUACAAAUUAUGGUUGAAUUGUUGAAAAGGUUUAUACUUUUUAAACAUUUCCAAAUGAAAAUAAAUAAUUUAUUCAUAA